UCUGACACAGGGCACUGCUUAUAUCAUGAAGCAGGUGAACACUGAUAACCGAGUGAAAAUGGUUACGCCCUUGAGACAGGCAGGGUAUUCUGAAGAGGCAAGGGCACUAUAUUUUGGAUUUGAGAUCAGCAUUGGAGACAUGAUAAAAGUUGAGAAUCGAGUUAACAUGGCACAGCUGGCGAAACAACUGGGUGUUUCUGAUGACGUCCAAUCCACGGAUCCAGACAACCAAGGGAAGUCUGUACUUCGUAGAUGGAGAGACACUGUUUGUUCUUCAACAUUCAACCAUCGCUUGGUAUUGGCCGAUGCGUUGUUCAGCAUGGGGGAGGAGCAACUCGCACUAGACAUCAUUUCAGGAGUGUAUAGAAAUGGGGAAAUAGACAAGCAAGUGACACAACUGCUAGCGGCUAACAUUAGGUUGGGACAGUUGCCAACAUUGUCUAAAAUCCUGGACCAAACGAAGGAGAACGAAGAGAAGGGAUUAAUACAGAAGAGUCCUACAGAAAUGAGCAACAAACUUCUUGAUGCUGGAUUCUGUGCUUAUGCGCAUGAGUUAAUGGCAGGUAAUGUAAGAUUUAAAGAUUGUUUAUCAGUUAAUUAUAAAGAAGUACAUUUGUCACAUGAUCAUAUUUUACCUAUCUUCUAA